CAUCCGGUCGUAGUAAAUCACUUUUUUAAAAUUAAGAUGUCUUUCAUUCAUCUGUCGCUUGUCAUUUACGCACUUGUGUACGUCAAUAUGGAACCGAUCGAUGUCAGCACGUCAACGGAAGCAGUUCAGUGCAACAUGUGCGUGGAUCGUUUCAAUUGGACCAACUGUGAUGAUUCGGCUAAACCUAGGGAAUGUUCGGAUAAACUCGUAGUGGACACCCAUAGCUUCCUGGCUCAGUAUAACUUCAAUUUGAAUGAAAGUCCAACCACGGCUGAGCGCCAAUUCCGAUGUUUUCGACUGGAGCUGCAAAUAGACGUCGCAUCGGUCCAAGUCUUCAUCCGGGGAUGUACCUAUGAUGAUUCCUUCUUUUGCGAUGGUUGGACAGAAAACGGUGCUAAGGCCACUAACUGUGCCGUUUGUUCUACUGAUAUGUGUGAACGGAACACUACGGGUGAUGUUUCUCCGACGACAACAACUACGAACCUGCCAUCCGAAACGACAACGACCACCGCAGUGAGUACAAUUGAGAUGAGUUCAACGACCCAAAGCGCUUCGACUGCACAAAGUAGCCCGGUGACGACAACAGUGUCAACCGAAGAACCUUGUAUUGUGGAUUGGACGACAACAACAACGGCAAAAGGACAAUCUACGACGGAGGUAGUCGAAAAAGUUACAACGACGACAACGAUAACAGCAACGCCGCCGUCUCAAGAGAAUGUAACCGAAUCGGAUGCGCCGACAAUUUCCCAGAGCCAGAGAGAUCAGACGUCUUAUUCAACGGAUUCUACUAACAAUAUAUCAUCCUCAAGCGAGAUGAAUGUCACACCAGCGCCUAAUAUUUUAACGGUAGGGAGCGGAGUCGCAGGAAAGUAUUUUUCUAUGAAUACGAUUGUAGUCGUGCUUCUAGUAUCGAUUGCAAGCAUUUUCAUUGUGAAAUUAUAAAUGGAUUUCAAGCUUAAUCAAAUAGAGGUUUUUUUUC